AUGGAACGGAAUGGCAACACUGUCGAAGAUUUCUCUGUCAAUGUGUUUUCUGUCACCCCUUGUCAGCCAAACAGCUCUGAAAUCCCAGCGUCUGAUGAUAACAAAGCUGGCACCACCUUACUUUUCUCUGGUUUCUUUUUGGCAGCAGUAGGAAUUACAUUCACAGUAAUGGGAUGGGUAAAACAUGAAGGCGGCGUUCGCUUUGUAUGGACACAAUUGCUCGGGCCUGUUCUGCUUUCAGUAGGUGUCACGUUUUUGCUGAUUGCUGUGUGCAGAUUUAAAGUGUUCAUGUGCAAAUCUUGGAAUCAAAGUGAAGAAAGAGCAACUGAUAGAAACCUGAUGGCCAGUGGACAGUCCUUUGUUUUUACUGGAAUUACCCGGCCAAUAACUUUCCAUGGAGCUACAGUAGUACAGUACAUUCCUUCACAUGAAACCCAAGAAGGUGUCAGCAUGAAUUCCACUAAUUUCCGCCAAGUACUCAGUCAUUCUGCACCAGUAAUUCCUGUUCCCUGCCCUCAUUAUUACAGUGUCAGCCCCCUGGAUAACUCUGUUUUUUCUGUAGAUGAGAAUCACUCUGCUUUUAUUAUGGUGGACACCAGAAGUGAAAGGUCAACAAGUAGUUCUGAAGAACCUCAACAGAUGCUUGAUGAAGACCCUUGCACUGACCAUCUACCUCCACCUUAUGAUAACCUGUUCCCGCCAUCUUCAUAAACCAAGACAUUCUAACACUUCCAUAAGGACUCAGUUUUCUUCUGUAAAACAUCCACAUAUACUACUGACAAGUGUGAAUCUAGCAUACAAUACUGACAACAGUGUCAGCUGUGUCCUGAAGCUGUGGUUUGACUAUCAUUUCUUGCUGAGAACAAGCAGAGUCUCUCCACCAGGCACCUGAGUCAAUGUGAAGGAACGGCAUUCCUCUUAAUUGUAUGUACCUUCUGUUCUGCACCUGGCUUCCUGAUUUAAAAGCACCACCUAAACUCUUCUUCUGCUUCUUCACAAUUUUUAUUCUGGGUUGCUAACUGUCCUCUCCCCUUUCCCUGCUUUUUUGGAUA